GAAUGGGUAGGGACAUCAGGAAGAGAACACCGACCUUCAGGAUGUGGUAAAUGCAAACGUCCCUGUGAAACUACUUUCUCCCCAGGGUCCUUGGGCCACUCAGUCUGUUCUCCCCAGAUUAGGGAGUAGUUUGCAUAUCUGGCUUGUAGAUUAGCAUUCUUAAUUGGUUUAGGAUUAGACGUCAUCCAUCUUGAACAGAAUUCCUUGGGGUGUGUGGGCUGGACCUAGGUGAAGAGAAGGGAAGGAUAGGAAGGCCUGGAGUGGUGACGGGUUAGGUCUGGGACACGGCCUGGCAGAAAGCAACACUAGAAGCCCGAAAGGAAGUCUGAAAGGCGUACUGGUUUCCUCGCUGAAGUUCUAGAACCAGAGCACCAAAGAAGGUGUGGCCCACGGCCGGUCCCGCCUCCUCCUCUCCCGGCGGAAGUUGCGAGGCAGUUACCGGAAGUCUUCCUGAGGCGGGGCCGGGCCUCUGGCGCGGCGUGGUGGGAUCGACAUGGCGACAGAGGGGGACGUGGAGCUAGAGUUGGAGACUGAGACCAGCGGCCCGGAGCGGCCUCCAGAGAAGCCACGGAAACAUGACAGUGGGGCGGCGGACCUGGAGCGAGUCACCGACUAUGCUGAAGAGAAGGAGAUCCAGAGUUCCAAUCUGGAGACGGCCAUGUCCGUGAUUGGGGAUAGACGGUCCCGGGAGCAGAAAGCCAAACAGGAGCGGGAGAAGGAACUGGCCAAAGUCACUAUCAAGAAGGAAGAUCUGGAGCUGAUAAUGACAGAGAUGGAGAUCUCGCGAGCAGCAGCAGAACGGAGCUUGAGGGAACACAUGGGCAACGUGGUAGAGGCUCUUAUUGCCCUAACCAACUGAUUAGUGUUUUCUCAGACCUACCCACUGGAUUAACUUAUUUCAAUAAAGAUGUCUUUUUUUUUCCAA